AUGGCGGCAGCGGCAGGAGGAGCAGGGACGGCGCUACCGCCGCCGCCAGCAGCGGCCCUGGCUCCUGUUCCUGGCGGGCCGGUGCGGCGCGCAGCUGGCAGAGGGACGGCCAACAUCUUGACUCAGCUCCGGCAGGCGCAGCUCAGCGGCCGGGGCCUGACGCGGGGGCCUCAGAUCACAGAAGCUUUGUUAAAAGAAAGAGAUAAACAAGCAAAGUGGAAUGGAAUUCCUUUGCUCUUACAGAAGCUGUAUGAGAAUAGUCAUCCCAACAGUGAUUUUUCACAGUGCCAAAGCAUCUUAAAGGAAAUUUCUCCCCUCCUUUCAAUGGAAGCCAUGGCAUUUGUCACAGAAGAGAGAAAGAAUGCUCAAGAAUCCACUUUUCCAAAUACAUACACAUUUGACUUAUUUGGAGGAGUUGAUCUCCUAGUAGAAAUACUUAUGAGACCAACUCUUAUCACACAGAAGAAGAAACAGAAGAUAAGUGAUGACCUUAUCAAGGAUUGUUUAAGCAUAUUGUACAACACUUGCAUAUGUACUGAAGGAGUCACUAAACGAUUGGCAGAAAGAAAUGAUUUUGUGUUGUUUUUGUUUACAUUGAUGACAAACAAAAAGACAUUCCUGCAAACAGCCACGCUUAUUGAAGACAUUUUGGGAGUAAAAAAGGAAAUGAUUCAGUUAGAGGAUAUUCCAAAUCUCUCCAAUCUAGUCUCUAGCUUUGACCAACAGCAGCUUGCAAACUUCUGCAGGAUCCUUGCAGUUACAAUUUCAGAGCUGGACACAGGCAGUGAUGAUAAACAUACACUACUAGCAAAAAAUGCUCAGCAGAAAAAGAAUUUGGGCCCUUCUCGAGCAGAAGUUAAUCAAGCUACACUUCUCAAUAUACCAGGCUUCAUUGAAAGAUUGUGCAAACUGGCAACCAGAAAAGUAUCAGAAACAACAGGAACUUCCAGUUUUCUCCAGGAGUUGGAGGAGUGGUACACCUGGCUAGAUAAUGCACUUGUACUUGAUGCACUAAUGCGUGUGGCAGAUGAAGAGACAGAGCAAAGCAGCACAGAAUCUUCAGAUGAGAGUGCAUUUCCCAACACCUCAACAAGGAAUCAGCUCCCACAGUCCAUGAAGAUUAUGCAUGAGAUCAUGUAUAAGUUGGAGGUUUUGUAUGUUCUGUGUGUACUUUUAAUGGGCAGGCAAAGGAAUCAGGUUCACAAGAUGAUUGCAGAAUUCAGAUUGAUUCCUGGCCUUAACAAUUUGUUCGAUAAAUUGAUUUGGCGGAAGCAUUCAGCAUCAGCCCUUGUUUUGCAGGGGCAUAAUCAAAACUGUGACUGCAGUCCAGAUAUUACGUUGAAGAUACAGUUUUUGAGACUACUUCAGAGUUUUAGUGAUCAUCAUGAGAACAAGUAUCUGCUUUUAAACAGCCAAGAACUCAAUGAACUGAGUGCGAUCUCCCUCAAAGCCAACAUCCCUGAAGUAGAGGCAGUUGUCAACACAGACAGAACUUUAGUCUGUGAUGGGAAAAGAGGCUUGUUAACCAGACUGCUUCAAGUAAUGAAGAAAGAGCCAGCAGAAUCAUCAUUCAGGUUUUGGCAAGCUAGGGCAGUGGAAAGUUUCUUACGAGGCGCUACUUCCUAUGCAGAUCAGAUGUUCCUGCUAAAGAGAGGGCUCCUAGAGCAUAUUCUCUACUGCAUUGUUGACAGCGAAUGCAAGUCGCGAGAUGUGCUUCAGAGUUACUUUGACCUUCUGGGAGAACUAAUGAAAUUCAAUAUAGAUGCUUUCAAGAGGUUCAAUAAAUACAUCAAUACAGAUGAAAAGUUUCAGAUAUUUUUGAACCAGAUCAACAGUUCACUGGUUGAUUCGAACAUGCUAGUUCGUUGUAUUACUUUGUCUCUGGAUCGAUUUGAGAGCCAGUCGGAUAUUAAAGUUGCUGAAGUCUUGUCUGAAUGCCGUCUAUUAUCGUACAUGUCACAGAUGUCCAUGAGGAUGUCCUUUCUUUUCCGGCUCAUUAAUAUUAUUCAUGUACAGACACUCACACAGGAAAAUGUAAGUUGUCUGAACACAAGUCUAGUUAUCUUAAUGCUGGCCCGAAGGAAAGACAAGCUUCCUUUCUAUCUGCAUACACUUCAAGAGAUGGAAUACACAAAGAAAUACCCUGGCUUCAUCCUGAAUAAUUUUCACAGUCUUCUGCGUUUCUGGCAACAGCAUUACCUCAAUAAGGACAAGGACAGCACCUGCUUAGAAAAUAGUUCAUGUAUUAGUUUUUCCUACUGGAAAGAGACUGUAUCUAUACUGCUUAGUCCAGACCGGACAUCACCUUGUGCCAUAGUUAGCUACAUUGACGAGGCGUACAUGGACGUUGACAGAGAUUUCACUGAGGAGUAAUUCUUUAGGCCCCGGCUUCCAGUGGACUGUGCUUCAGAGGGAAUCUUGCAGACAACGGAUUUUCAGGGAUAUGCAAUGUGCACAAGCUUGGAGCUACGGAAUGUCACCGUGUUAAAAGUUUUUCGUCGCCGCCGCCCCCCCCCCCCCCCCAGCUCUAUUUUGAAGAGCAAGACUUCACAAACUUCCUGGGCAACAUAAUCAGGGACUUUUGUGUUCUGUAAGAAACUGCCAGCCUUUUCCUGCUCAUGGUGGCUAGAACCCUUUGAGCUUGAUAGAUGGGAUCCUUCAGGUGUGCAGUGGGUAGCUGUGGCUUUUCCCCUGGUUACCAGGAUUAGAUGUUAAAAGUGCAGGUAAUUUCUUGGGCCAUUCAAACAAGCCAUUUUUAUGGGCACACCAAAUGCACACCAGCCACACUUAAGCCUCGUUAAAAGGUUUUUAAAAACAAACAAAAAAACUGCUUUUUUCAUUUGCAUUGGGAUUGAGUUAUUGUGUGUGAGUUUUGUUUUGACAUUCAUGGAGAUAAUGGCUGUCUUAACCUCUCUGCAAACUACUUUGGAAUUUGUUUCUACAAGACUAUGUCCAAAUCUCCUCUUUUGUUUUGUUGUGGUAUUGCAUCCAGAAAUGUGUGUCUCCAUUCUGUGAAAAUCUUUUUUCUCCAGCUGAUUUUACAGUGUUGUCUAGAACAGGCAUACAUUGUGAUGAUGGGAUUAGUCUGACAGCCUAGCUUUGGCUAGGCACUAAUAAAUUAAAAUUUACUUAAUUCUUUUCCUAAA